AUGACGACGACGGAGUCCACCACCAAGGCCACCACCAAGGCCACGGCGCCAGCGUCGACGGAGAUCUCACGGCACGAAUUCACCAAGCACGACAAGACAACUUCAUACCUCGACGCCGGGCCCCAGGAUGGCCCGCUACUGGUCUUCAUCCACGGCUGGCCCGCCAUAGCAGAGAUAUGGAAACCACAGCUUCGCAGCUUCUCGGCGCUGGGCUUCCGGGUCGUGGCGCCAGACAUGCCAGGGUACGGGCAAUCGCUCCCAAAGAGCAAGGAAAAGCGUGACUAUUCGCUGGAAAAGGUUGUGGCGCAGAUGUUGCAGCUCCUGAAGCACCUGGGACGCAGCGAGGCCGUGUGGGUCGGCCACGGCUGGGGCGCCAGCGUCGUGUGGGCGGUGCUCGCGCAUAACCCUGAAGUUUGUCUCGGGGUGGUGAACAUGGUCUUCCCCUACCGCACGCUGGAGAUGGGCGUGGCAGAGACGCUCAAGUACGCCAACCGCGAGCUGUACACGGAAGAGGAAUACCCGCACGCCCAGUGGUCGUACCGAGUCUUCUACGAGGAUUCGGACAACUACGAAAAGGCCAUCACUUUCUUCGACAAGCACGUCGAGGGAUUUAUAAAGUUCGUCUAUUCGCGUGCAGCCAAGGAGCCCGAGCAGGACAGGGACAAGCCGGCGUUCACGGCCAACGUGGUCAAGGAUGGAGGCUGGUUUGGUGGCGCCGAGUCACUGCCCGAGACCGAGACCGAGACCGAAGAGGAGCUGGGCGACAGUUUGGUCGACGACGACACGCACAAGAGCCUGGUCGAGGCGUUCUCCACGGGUGGCUUCUGGUCCCCGACCGCAUACAAUCUCAACGACGACGUCAACCUGCAAUGGUGCGAAGACUGGUCCGUCAACGAAGGCGUCGUCUCCGUCCCCGUGCUGUUCAUCGAGGCCCUGAACGACGCCGUCGCCGGCACGUACAACUCGAAAAUCUGCGAGCCUAUGAAAAACUUCUGUAGGAAACUGACCACGGUGAAUGUCGAUGCCGGCCACUGGGUGGCAUUGGAGGCACCUCAGGAGACAAACGCCGCCAUUUUGAGGUGGAUUGCGCGGGAGCUGCCCGAGGAGAGGGCGUGGCCCUGGGGCAAGAAGAAUCCGUUGAAGAAGAACGAGUAG